UGGCAAGCCAUACAAGAAGCUGGCCGGAGCUUCUCAGAUCACUCUUUCUUCUCUCCGUCGUCGCCUUCUUCCACCCAACAACCCUCCCCCCUCCCUCUCUCCUCUGAUCCGCUCUUUCUCCCUUUCCUUCCCGUCUCACCUGGGUUGGAUUGUUUGUUCUUUUUCCCCUUCGUGCCAGGAAUCUUUCAAAGACGCAGGAGGAUUUCUCGUUCGCUGUCUUCUCCGGUAGAGGAACCCCGUCAAUUAACCUUGCUACGUGUCCUGUGGUGAAAGGGACAUUGUCUGCAUUCUACACAUCAUGGCGCGCAUCUCGCAUCAGGGUGCGGCCAAGCCUUUCACGGCUUGGACCACCAUCUUCUACUUGCUUCUCGUUUUCAUUGCUCCUCUCGCCUUUUUCGGAACCGCACACGCUCAGGAUGAGCAGUCACCCCAGGAAAGCUACGGAACUGUCGUUGGUAUUGAUUUGGGAACCACCUACUCUUGUGUCGGUGUGAUGCAGAAUGGAAAGGUUGAGAUUCUCGUCAACGACCAAGGAAACCGUAUCACCCCUUCGUACGUCGCCUUCACCGACGAGGAACGCCUGGUCGGUGACGCCGCCAAGAACCAAUACGCUGCCAACCCUACACGAACCAUCUUUGACAUAAAGCGCCUGAUCGGUCGCAAGUUCGAUGACAGAGACGUCCAGAAGGACGCCAAGCACUUCCCCUACAAGGUCGUCAACAAGGAUGGCAAGCCCGUCGUCAAGGUCGAGGUUAACCAGACCCCCAAGACCCUCACCCCUGAGGAGGUUUCCGCCAUGGUUCUCGGCAAGAUGAAGGAGAUUGCCGAGGGUUACCUUGGAAAGAAGGUUACCCACGCCGUUGUCACCGUUCCCGCCUACUUCAACGACGCUCAGAGACAGGCCACCAAGGACGCUGGUACCAUUGCCGGCCUGAACGUUCUCCGUGUCGUCAACGAGCCCACCGCCGCCGCUAUCGCCUACGGAUUGGACAAGACCGGUGAUGAGCGCCAGGUUAUCGUCUACGAUCUCGGUGGUGGUACUUUCGAUGUCUCUCUCCUGUCGAUCGACAACGGUGUCUUCGAGGUCUUGGCUACCGCUGGUGACACUCACCUUGGUGGUGAGGACUUUGACCACCGUGUCAUGGACCACUUCGUCAAGCUGUACAACAAGAAGAACGACGUUGACGUCACCAAGGACCUCAAGGCCAUGGGUAAGCUCAAGCGUGAGGUCGAGAAGGCCAAGCGUACUCUGUCUUCCCAGAUGUCCACCCGUAUUGAGAUUGAGGCCUUCCACAACGGCGAGGACUUCUCCGAGACCCUCACCCGCGCCAAGUUCGAGGAGCUGAACAUGGAUCUCUUCAAGAAGACCCUGAAGCCCGUCGAGCAGGUGCUCAAGGACGCCAAGGUCAAGAAGUCCGAGGUUGACGACAUUGUCCUGGUCGGUGGUUCCACCCGUAUCCCCAAGGUCCAGGCUCUCCUCGAGGAGUUCUUCGGAGGCAAGAAGGCCAGCAAGGGUAUCAACCCUGACGAGGCUGUUGCUUUCGGUGCUGCUGUUCAGGGUGGUGUCCUCUCCGGUGAGGAAGGUACCGGCGACGUUGUUCUGAUGGAUGUCAACCCCUUACCCUGGCUCAUCCCCCGUAACACCGUCAUCCCUACCCGCAAGUCCCAGAUCUUCUCGACCGCCGCUGAUAACCAGCCCACCGUCCUCAUCCAAGUUUACGAGGCAUCCCCCCCCGCCCCCCGUGGUGUUCCUCAGAUUGAGGUCUCCUUCGACCUGGAUGCCAACGGAAUCCUGAAGGUUCACGCCAGCGACAAGGGUACCGGCAAGGCCGAGUCCAUCACCAUCACCAACGACAAGGGUCGUCUGUCCCAGGAGGAGAUCGACCGCAUGGUUGCCGAGGCCGAGGAGUUCGCUGAGGAGGACAAGGCGAUCAAGGCCAAGAUCGAGGCCCGCAACACUCUGGAGAACUACGCGUUCAGCCUGAAGAACCAGGUCAACGACGAGAACGGACUUGGUGGCCAGAUCGACGAGGACGACAAGCAGACCAUCCUGGACGCCGUCAAGGAGGUGUCUGAGUGGCUCGAGGACAACGCUGCCACUGCUACCACGGAGGACUUUGAGGAGCAGAAGGAGCAGCUGUCGAACGUGGCGUACCCGAUCACCAGCAAGCUGUACGGCUCUGCCCCGGCGGACGAGGAUGACGAGGCCUAUGGGCAUGAUGAAUUGUAAAAUACCAUAGAGAGGGAUUUAAGGAGUUCUUGAUUCUGUUUUGAGACAUUGUUUUGGCUCGUCACCGAGUAUGAUACCUGCCUGACCUCCUGGAGGCAGCAAUACAUGAUACCAUUGUUAUAGUACCCAUGCAGUUUCAUGUAGUCUAUACAUACAGCCACCACCCUACUUUUUAAGAUAGAUAGGAUCAAUAGUCUACUCCUCCCCC